GAGCGCAGAGGAAGAAGCAGCAGAAGCUAACUGAAGCUAGCUGAAGCUAACUGAAGCUAGCCCCAUCAUGGCGGUGUUUGUGAGUUCUCCUGGUUCCAGGUUCUGUAACUUGGUGUUUCCGGACGGGUCUGUAGUCAGAGAUGUUCUGAGCCGGUUCGUCCAGCAGCAGGGACUUCCUUCUUCAGAGGAUUUCUACGUCGUCAGAAAUGGUCGACUGUCUUGCCUGGACGAUCCUCUGCAGCAUGGCGCCGUCUAUCACCUGGAGCCCCGUCUCUGUGGCGGGAAAGGAGGGUUUGGUUCCAUGCUGCGAGCUCUGGGCGCUCAGAUCGAGAAGACGACAAACCGUGAGGCCUGUAGAGAUCUGAGCGGCCGCCGCCUCCGAGACGUCAACCACGAGAAAGAGAUGGCGGAGUGGUUGAAGAAGCAGACGGAGCGCGAGGCGGAGAAGGAGCAGCGCCGUCUGGAUCGUCUGAAGAGGAAACUGUCUGAACCCAAACACCAGUUCACCGACCCGGAGUACCAGCAGCAGUGUCACGAGCUGUCGGAGCGACUCGAGGACUCCGUCAUGAAAGGUCUGCAGGCGUCCUCCAGCAGUCAGGUGAAGGUGGACGACGUCUCUGCAGCCAAGAGACCAAAGUGUGAUGAGAGCGAGCAGCCGCACGGGAAGAAGAAGAAGAAGACGAAGAGCGCAGGAGCAGCGUGUUUCUGGGAGAUGCUGAGCUCAGAGGACGAGGACGAGGAGUCUCCGUCCUCCUCCAGCUGUGGAGCUGCUGCUGUUACCAUGACGAAACAGACAAAAAAGGUGGAGCCUGAGCAGAGCAGCAGCUCGUCUGACUGCAGCUCCUCCUCAGAGGGUCAGGGUUCCCCAGGACUCUCCAGAGACCAGACCGUCAGACCCUCAGAGGACCAGAGACCUCCAGAACCCUCCAGAGACCAGACCGUCAGACCCUCAGAGGACCAGACCGUCAGACCCUCAGAGGACCAGACCGUCAGACCCUCAGAGGACCAGACCAUCAGACCCUCAGAGGACCAGACCGUCAGACCCUCCGAGGACAAGACCGUCAGACCCUCAGAGGACCAGACCGUCAGACCCUCAGAAGAGCAGACCGUCAGACCCUCAGAGGACCAGACCGUCAGACCCUCAGAGGACCAGACCGUCAGACCCUCAGAGGACCAGACCGUCAGACCCUCAGAAGAGCAGACCAUCAGACCCUCAGAGGACCAGACCGUCAGACCCUCAGAGGACCAGACCGUCAGACCCUCAGAAGAGCAGACCGUCAGACCCUCAGAGGACCAGAGACCUCCAGAACCCUCCAGAGACCAGACCGUCAGACCCUCAGAAGAGUCCAGCUGUUCGUCUUCUCAGCAGGGUCGGACUGCGGUGGAUCUGUCCUCGCUGUCCUCCGUAGACCAGCUCCAGUCUCUGGGUCUGGACGUCCUGAAGGAGGAACUAAUGUCUCGAGGGAUGAAGUGCGGGGGAACGCUGACGGAGCGCGCCGCCCGACUCUUCUCCGUCAGAGGACUGACUCCUGAUCAGAUCGACCCGGCGCUGCUCGCCAAACCAGCCAAGAAUAAGAGGAAGUAAAGAGGUCAGAGGUCACGGCUGUUUCUCACCUUUUAAAUUAGAUUAAAGGAACAGGCCGGCUUUUUCAUGAUGGAUUUUUUGAGUGAGACGACGGCGAGGAAAAUGUGUUUAAUACUCUGGAGAAGCUCGUCAGUGGACCUCCAGUUGACAUGUUUCUGUUUGUCAGUAUCAGAAUCAUUCUGACCAUAUGAGUAAAUGUUUCAUCUGUAACUUUAUGAACAAAUCACAAGACAAAGAGCUGUUUGUCCAAUCAGAAAGCAGGAUUUCCCUCUUAAAUAUUGUUUAAUGUGUCUGUACCGCUUUAGUUUAACAGUUGAUAUGAAUCCAUUUUCAGUGAACGCAGCAUCGUGGCAGUGUGUGUACAGUUUAUUUGUCGUUGAUAAAUGCUACAGCUCCCGUCUCUUGCCGGCCAACCUGCUGAUUACAGUGAAGGCUGUUAGCAACAACACUGGCUCAGAAUCUCUUAAGGUGGACUGUUAAGGUGGACCAGCUAUUCAGCUUUUUAUUUCAUUUUUUAUGUUUAUUUUAACCGUUUAAAAUCGAAUUAACGGUUUAUCGUUAACAUCCCAUGUGUUAUGACAGGAAGUGAUGUCAUGUUGCACAUGAUUUAUGAUCCAUGUUACAUCAUUAAAGUUAAAUUACCACAUUUA